AUGUCUGAGAUUCGUCGAAAACUUGUAAUUGUUGGUGACGGUGCAUGCGGCAAAACAUGUCUCUUGAUUGUCUACUCCAAGGGUACUUUUCCUGAGGUUUAUGUCCCUACUGUAUUCGAGAACUAUGUGGCUGAUGUAGAAGUGGAUGGUAGACAUGUCGAACUAGCUUUAUGGGAUACAGCAGGUCAAGAAGAUUAUGAUCGUCUUAGACCUCUGUCUUACCCAGACUCUCAUGUUAUUUUGAUUUGCUUUGCUGUUGAUUCCCCCGAUUCCUUGGAUAACGUGCAGGAAAAGUGGAUCUCAGAAGUGAUGCAUUUCUGCCAAGGAUUACCUAUCAUUCUAGUUGGUUGUAAAAAAGACUUGAGAUUUGAUUCCAAGACAAUCGAGGAACUACGUAAGACUUCACAAAGGCCAGUGACACCUGAAGAGGGUAUGGGUGUUGCUCAGAAGAUUGGUGCUUAUAAAUAUCUGGAGUGUUCGGCAAAAACCGGAGAGGGCGUACGUGAAGUAUUUGAACAUGCUACACGAGCUGCUCUUUUGACCAGGAAAAAGAAGAAUAAACAUUCAAAUUGUAUGGUUUUGUGA